UAUUUUUUGGCAAGCGAUUGAUUAUAGUUUGUAAAUCAUGGUUGUAAAUCAUACAGUACACAUUUUUAUAAAACCAAGCUAAUAGUAGUCAUAACUUUAAGUUUCAAAAUUAUCGUUUAAGGUUAGUCCCUAGCAACUGAAACCGAUUUGGUUAGCCGAAUUAUGACCAUCGCCAACUGGUAUAAUUGGUCCGUUGCCGAUUCUAGCAAUGAGUCCUAUGCCAGACCCAAGUUGAUUCCGGGAUUCGACCAGUUGGAUGAGAGGGUGAAGGCAGCUCUUCAGGAGCAAGACUUGGAAAAGCAUCAGCGUAAGCGAAAACAGGCGGGUGGUGUCCAAGACAAGAGAAAGCCCAAGAAGCUAAAGAGGACCAAGAUGCAGACUCCACGGGUAUGCGAGUUUCAGAAGGUUUACGCCGAGAAACGCAAGGAGCUAAAGCGGUUUGCCAACACGCAAAAUGCGUUCCAGUUCCGAAGCAGACCUGUGCCCGAUUUUGAGCGAUCUCAUCGGCGAUUGGAAAGGCGCCGGUUGUACCUGAACUCUCUGCAAAAGGUGACCAAGCCCCGGUGCCCUGGCACCCUGGCCAUGCCCAUGAAGCCGCCAAACAGCCGUCCAAAGAAGCGAAUGCAGUGCCGAAAGACAUCCGACUUUAUACCCCGAAUCAAUCCAGGAUCUUCCAUGGACUACCUCAACCGUCAGCCCUUUACACCGCAUGUCAGGUCCUCCUACACCCAUCCAAAACCUUUUCGUCUCCAUACGUCGGCACGGGCUCUGAGCCGCCAACUGUAUGACGAGAGGAAAAGGAUACGGAUGGAUCUGCGGAUGGAACAGCUGGCCAGCGAUUGGUAUGCUCGGGAAAGGAGCGAGUUUUUCAAGCUACGCAAAAUGACAAAUUUCCGGGCUACACCGAAUCCCUGGAAGCAAACAAGGGUCACCACUGGAGUAGGCUCUCAGGGAGCCUAUAAGUAAUAUUGCAAAUCAAAUUUGAAAAUAAAGCUGUUUGCGGAAGCUGAAGAUCA